AUGUCAGAAGACAGCGAAGUUCUAAAAAUUUACAACGCUUUAGUAGAUAAGCACAACUUCUCCGCAGAAUUAUUAAAAUUUAAACCUAAUACAAAAGAUUCUAAAGCCAUUAGUAAUCAAUCAAUUCGCCAAAUCCUUUCUAAAGCUUCAAAAGCAAAAACAGGAGAACUAGGCAAACUUGAUAUUUAUUAUUGUAGUGAAGAAGAAAAAUUUUUGUUUCUGGUAGAAGUUAAAGAGAAAACUUCGCAACAAAAAAAAGCUAUUGAAGAUAUUCAACAUUAUUUAAGUUUUUUUGAAGAGUUAUCCAUUGAUUAUAAAGUAGUUGGCUUAGCUAUUUCAGGAAAUAUUAGUGAGGAAGACAAUUUUAAAAUUGCUACUUUUACUAUUAAAGAAAAGAAAAUUACUCUUGUUAAACGUCUGGAAAACUUCUUGGCAAGUAAAGAAAAAUAUUUGGAUCUAUUUGUGGUUAAAAAAAACAAUGUUGAUAAAGAGACGGAUGAAAACAAAAUUAUUAGUUUAGCUCGAGAUACUAGUCGACUAUUAAGAGAAUUAGGUGGAAACGACAAACCGAUGGUUGUUGCGGGAGCACUAAUUACUCUUUGCAAACCAAUAAAGAAAGAAAAAUACAUUCGUAGUAAAAUAAGAGGAAUAAUUUCAAAAUAUAAAGAAACAUUGCAAAAAGGAGAGGAACUAUUAGAGAAUGAGGAAAUUGAAAUUAUAGGUCAAGAAAUAAAAAGUAAUUUUUUAAAAGAAGGCAAAGCUGACAAAGAAGAAGAACAUAGCGACCUGAUAAGAGUUUUAAAGGAGUCUCUUUCUGAUGCUCAACGAGACAAAAAAGUAAAAACAGUAAAUGACUCUAUUGUUUGA